AUGGGAAUAAAAAAUUUACUUCCUUUGUUGAAAGAUGUGUCUAAAAAGAAACAUCUCAAAGAUUUUCACGGUGAAACAGCUGCUAUUGACGCGUCUUGUUGGCUGCACAAAGCGCUUUCAGUGAGCUACAAUCACUACGGCGAUGAUAGCAGGUAAACAAUGUCAAUUUUUAUAAAUAUAGUGUGUUUCUUCAUAGUUAAAGGUUUAUUUAAAGCAGUAAAGAGUUUAUGAACUUUCUGCUUUAUUAUCACAUCACAGUUGUUUCAAGAAUGUUUAUUUGGGCUUUUAUUUGACAGAACUAUUGAUAUUUGCACAAGAUAUUUGGAUGUUUUUUUGGUAAACGGCGUCAAACCCUUUGUUGUAUUUGAUGGCAUGUUCUUGCCUGGUAAAGAACAAGAACGAAACAAUCGGAAACGGUAAGCUAGCGCCACGAUUGUAUACCCACUUGUAAACUUAGUUUCAAAGGUCUACCAUAUUUUUGGCCUUUGAAACUUGUUCCUACUCACUUUUUCUCAUUUUGGUCGGUUUGAGUAUUUUAAUUUACUUUCCAAGGACAAGGGAAGAAAGCAGAGCAAAGGCUUUACAGCUGCAGAAUGAAGGAUCUGUUAGAGAAUCCUGGAAGAUGUUAUCACAGGCAGCGAGUAUUGAGUACAAGCAUGUAAAAGAUUUCAUUUGGGUAAAUGUUGUUUUUGUAGUACGGACCUAUUUAUAUAUUUUGUGAUGAUUCUAUAAACACUGUUAUUACUGUAUACAGUAGGUAUGUGAUUGUUUUUUAAAAUUGAGUCCUUCUAAAACUUGCAGGUUUGCAUAGAAAAGAAAGUACAGUACAUUGUUGCAGCAUAUGAGUCAGAUGCUCAGAUUGCCUUCAUGUUACAACAUGGUCAUGCCGGAUUUGCAGUAACUGAAGACUCUGAUUUGCUUGCCUAUGGUUGUAAGAGAGUAUGUAUUUCAUUAACAAGAGAGAUUAUUUGUUGAUUUGGAUGCAAUGCUUGAACCCCAUGGCAAAUAGAAUUAUGAUCAGGCAUAUUAAUAUUUCAGGGCACAGUGGGGGAGCAUUAUUUGUUGUUUAGUAAUUAUAUAUAUAUAAAUGGGUUUUAUACAUGAGGAGGCAUAGGUUAAGGGGCCAAUAGGACCCAGAGAGCAAAACUGAGACUUUUGUGGUUUUAUGUCCUAUAGGACAUAUAAAAGUAAUAGAUAAAUUUUACACAUCAUGGUCAAAGCCCCACCCUGAAACCUCACCCAGACCAUAUUGAUUCUGGGAAAUUACGUUAUUUCUCAGAAUUGAUUAAAUACUUUAUAGGUCCCUUUUCCUGUGCCUCCUCACAUAUAUUAAUUUUUGGCUUGAGUGUAGCUACUGUACCAUUGCACACAGGUUUGUUAAUUUCUGUAGAACUACUGUAUCGGCAUGGACAGUAAUAGAUGUUGAAUAGAAUAUUCUUAAUGUGCAAAAAACUUGUCAAAAAUACUUUGAUGAAUUUGUCAGAGGUUAUCUGGUUGUAACAAUAAUCAUGUCAAGUGGUGCUGCUGCUGAUCAAGCUUAACCAUUAAGCGGAACUGUGUCCCAGUGUACCCCGUCUUUUCACCCUACCUUUAGCCAAACCAUUUUACUCAUCAAGGCAUCUUAAUUGGCUUGCAUCUUAAUUUUGUUUACAUGUCAGGUUUUUUACAAGAUACAUCUCGAUGGUCAAGGAGAAGAAAUAGUAUUAGAAGAUGUUCUACAGGCAUUUGACAUAUCUCAAGACAACUUCCUGAACUGGUGCAUUUUAGCUGGUUGCGACUACCUUCCAAAUUUGAAUGGAAUUGGCAUAAAGAAGGCAAAGCAAAUAAUUGAUUCCAAAGAUGACUUCUUAUCAGUUGUGGAGGUAUUGGAUAUAGCACCUCCAGACUAUAGGAGAAAGUUUAAUGAAGCAAAAAUGAUAUUUGUGCAUCAGACGGUGAUUGAUCCUGUAAGUAAAAAGUCGGUUGCCUUAUUUGAAUGGGAGGAUACUGUUGAAAAAGAAAAUAACCAGAGUCAAUGUGGAAAGUAUCCUAUUACUAAAGUUAAUAAAAUAUAAUACAUAAAAUAUGAUACUUUACCUUAUUACCUUGACAUUGUUACAAGUCAGUUAACAGCAGAGUUAAGUUAUGCACUGGCGAUUGGAAAUGUUGAUCCAGCAAGUCCGGAUGUCAUAAAUGCAAUCUUUCCAGCAGCAUCGCAGGUAAGCUUAACAGAUAACAACUUCUAGCAACAGUCAAAUUAUUUAAUUUUAUUUUGUUAACUUUUGAUUGAAUAAUGUAAUCUGUCAUUCCUGUCAAGUAAUCAUCAAAUUGAUUGUUUUAUGUAAGAUGCAUGUCAUAUGACCAGGAAGUGUCAUAACUUCCUCUGUGCUUGAUUGUCACACCCUAGAAUACCAAAAGUAUCAAUUUUUUGUUUUGACAAGUUACUACUCCAUAGGGUCUCCUGUAACCUCUACCUGUUAGUUAAGGAACUUUUGUGCCCAUUAGGCCCAGUGAUGACAACGUUUUGGAAAGUUUUAAAAUUGUUGUAGAUGAUUUAGCCAUAUGUUUGUGUAUAUGUAUAUUGUUACAGCAAAGGCCAUUUUAAAAAAAAUGUUUUUUAUAAAUGUAUUAUAGGCAGAGAACCCACUGCAUAUCAACAUAACAAGAUGUGAUGAAGAAAUUUUCAGUUGGAAAAUACCUUGUUUUCCUGUUAUGUCUGUUUCACUACAAAAAGUCAAAUUUGAAUAUGUUAACCAUCAAGGGAUGUCCUACAAUGGAGUUGUGUCUGCAGAUAAAAUGGUUGACACUGGUUUUUGCAUUUGUACAUCAUCAUGUGAAAUAACCAUCAAUGGCAAAGCAUUCAAAGUGUUAUGGACAUUUGAAGGAACUGUCUCAUCAGAUCUGGGAACUGAACAAGAAGCAAGAGAGCAAAAACAUGAGAUAUUUGAAGAAACACCUCAUACCCUGCCAUUCAAGGUCAUGGGGACAUGCUACGCGACCGAAAGACAAGAUGCUUUAGAGAAAGCAUAUGAAAUGCUUUAUGAUUUUAACAGGCCAGUAUUCGUUCGACUGUGCCCUGAACCAGAAAAUAAUGAUGAUCCAAAUGCUAUAGCUGUUCAAAUAAACUAUGAUGAAGACGAACCAUAUUAUACUGUUGGCUAUAUUGCCAGAGAAUUAACAAGAUAUUUGCACCCUGUUAUUGAACAACUUGAAGUAUCAAUCCACAACAUUAGAUUUUGUACAACCUUUCAACGAAUUGGUUUUUACAUUGCUAUUAACAUCACAAAACCCUGUUUAUGGGAUGAACACGUUGUGGCAGCUAGCAAAAAAGUUAAGUAAUGUGCAUAUACCUGUAAG